AUGCUCCCGUACGAUCAAGUGUCUCAGAUAGCUUCUGCUGAGGAAGCUCUAUUAAUUGCCUUCUCGUGGCAGAGUUAUUACCGCGGUGCUCAUGGCAUCAUAAUUGUCUAUGAUGUGAACGAUGUGCGCACAUUUUGCAACGUGGAACGAUGGACCGAUGAGGCAAACAUGUAUGCAGACGAGUCCAUUGCUCGGAUACUCGUGGGUAACAAAAAUGAAAAUCCGGAAUUGAAAACCGUGGCCACCCAUGACGCGCAACGACUGGCCGCUAAGCACUCUUGCAUGUUCAUCGAGACCUCGGCCAAGAGCGAUGAAAACGUGGAUCAGAUGUUUGACAUGAUCACCCGGGAAGCUCUUCGACUGAAACUACUCCAGGCCGAAAAACAGCGCAAUGUCCAAUCCAGUGCGAUCAAACUCAAUCCUGUACCCGGAGUUAAAACCAAAACUAAAUCCAAGUGUUGCGCGGGUGGUGGUUCUGUAUCCUCAAAUGGUCGCAAGUAA